UCUGAAAUAUUCAUUGACUGGUAUGACAACACUUUUAUCCCUGAAGUAAAAAAAAGACAAAACGAAAUUGGUAAAGAAGGAAAUGUACUUCUUUUACUGGAUAAUGCGCCAACCCAUCCUUCGGCUGAACUCUUAGAGAGAGAAAAUGGAAAGUUUAAAGCAAAAUUUUUGCCUCCUAACGUGACAUCCUUGCUACAACCAAUGGAUCAAAGUGUUAUUGAAACAUUGAAACGACUUUAUAGAAAACAACUUUUACGUAGAUUGUUAUCUGUUGAAGAAGAUAAUGUAGAAGUUGUUUUAUCAUUUUUUAAGGGAAUGAAUUUAAAGGAGUGUUGUUACAUGGUUGUAGAUGCGUGGGAUUUGAUUGAAAGGAAGACUUUGAACAAAGCUUGGAACAGAGUACUUAACCGUGAGAAUGAAAAUUCAAUAACCAAUUCGGAUGAUUCUAUGUUGGAGGAGAUUAAUGACUUAAUGUUAAAGAUACAAAUAUGCAAGGAUUGUUAUGAUAGUGAUUUGAAAGAGUGGGUCACUUGUGACAGUAAUGAUCAAGGCUUCCAAAUUAUGUCGGAUGACGAAAUCGUAGAAAACAUAUUGCAGAGAAAUGAACAGCAGGAAAUGCAAGAAGAUGAGACAGAAGAAAAUCUAGAAGUAGAAAAUGAUGCUGGACCAUCUCAUGAUGAAGCACUCCAUGCCCUGGAAACAGCUCUUAAGUGGUUUGAAAAACAAACUGAGAGUGAUACUGCAAGUUUACUACAGCUGAAACGAAUUCGUGAUAUAGCAGCAAUAAAGAGAAGAAGUGGCUUACGUCAAAUGACAAUUACCAAAUAUUUUAAAUCACAUUAACCUUAUUACAUACUUUAUUUCAUUAUUACCAAAUGCAAAUUACCAAACACGUACACAUUGUAAGCAAAUUGCACAUUCGUACCUAAAUAGUAUUUUAUUUUAUGAUUAAGACUGCAGUAUUUUAGUAUGUACGUACAUGUAUGUAUGUAAUUUAAGAAGAUGUAUCUCCUAAUAAUUUCUUAAUAAACAUUGAUUUUCAUUGAUAUGUA